AUGGCUGGUAAAGCGGAUACUAAUAUGGCUGCACAAGGUUCAUUAUCAAGAGAACCCCUUGAGGUGUGGAAUAGUGAGAUGAAAUCCGGCGUAGAUGAUAAUUUACAAGCUGUACUUGUACAUGUCGAGAGCUACCUGAAGGAGGGUUCAGAGGAAGAUGCAAGAAAGGGGUUAGGGGUUCUGUUAGGUAGGGUCGAGUCAGCUGCAGCAAGUUUACGCUAUUUGAGAUCAAAAGCUACAAUCUUGACCCUUCCUGGUUUAGCCCAUUCGUCACUCGGUGUAGAACAGUCAGAGCUAAAAGAUGAUAGUUUAGUGUCUCAAGUGGCUAAGAACAUAAGUGUUCUUUCUUCUCAUAAUCCAGGUGAAGAUACAUUGGCUGGAACUAGCAAGAGCCAUAUAGAGGACGGAGCUUAUACGCGGAAGAUACUCCAAUCCAUACAUGAUGUUACUGAUGUGCUGGAGUCUCUUGUGACGAGGGUAAUAGCGGCGGAAUCUGAAACGUCUUUUCAGAAGAAGAGGGUAACUAUAAGUGAGGAAGAAAUUAGAAGGAAGAAAAUCCAAAUCGAGACUGUGUCUUUGAGGUUAGAAGAGAUGAAAAAGGCUAUACUUGGAAGUAAAACUAUUCUAGACGAAACAACGGAGACAAUUAAAAGACUAGUUGAAGAUAGAAGGAGGGAUAGAGAAAGAGCUGUGGAAAAUGAAGAGGAGCUUCAUCGUAUGAAGACAGAGUGUGAGUCACUUAGAAAUUACAUCAAUACUUCCACAACACCAAUUUCAUCCGAGCGGCAAUUCCAAACCAUGGAAGCCCGGUUGGUUGCUAAGUCGACACAACUGGAAGGCGAGAAAGCGCAGAAAGAGGUAGAAGUGCAAAAGCUGAUGGAGGAGAACGUGAAGCUAACAGCUCUUCUUGACAAGAAAGAAGCUCAGCUUCUGGCCUUAAAUGAACAAUGCAAAGUCAUGGCUUUGAAUGCUUCAAACAUCUGA